AUGGUUUUAUAUGAAGAAUCUCUCAGAUCGGGAUACUUGCGACUUGCCACUAUCUAUUUAUCGACUCCCGAUCAAGAUGGGGAAUCUCUAACGCCUAGUGUAACGCUCAAAACCUAUGAGUUUGCAGAUGCCGCAAAACUCAAAUACUCGGCGUUAUCUUACACGUGGGGCAAGCCUCGACAAAACAUACCAGACUAUACAGCAGAAGAUCGUCGCUUCAUCACACUAAACGGCUAUGCCCAAGAGGCCUCGCCAAAUUUGUUUGAUGCCCUUCACCAGCUGUACAAAUUUAGUCCAAAUACACCGGUGUGGAUAGAUGCGCUAUGCAUCAAUCAGGCCGACACAAAGGAACGUGAAAGUCAAGUCGCCUCGAUGGGCAAGAUAUACGGCGAGGCGGAUCGAGUACUAAUAUGGUUGGGAGCCCCGACACCGCACUUAAUGGCGGGCCUUGAAACAGCAGAACGUCUGGCGGAAGUCUCACUGCGCGAGAUAAAACGAAUCAUCAAAACCGAGCAGCAGGAAUUCUGUUACAAUAUGAACGACAUGCCACACCUCUUUGGCGUAGCACCUCUGACAAUGGAGGAGAUAGACGGCAUUCUCGCUAUUUUUAGGUGUAGCUGGUUCAACCGGGUCUGGAUCAUCCAGGAAGUUUCCUUAGCCAAAGAACCUAAGGUCUUCUGCGAUGGAAUUUCCGUUUCUUUCGAUAGCAUUGGCUACCUUGCGGGGUUUAUCCAUCUGAGCGGUUUGCAAGGCGCUAUAUCCUCAAAAUGCUCUGCACAUGGGCGAAGCCUUCGAGGGUUAUCUGACUAUUUCCUCCAUCGAGCGCUCAAAAUUCAGAUGGUUCGAGAAUGGUGUAAAGGCCCCCAGAGUAUUUUGGCCGACGAGCUCAGCUUAAUCAACUUCACGGCCGGAGCCCAGGAUGACUUCCCUUUAGGUAGCCUUAAGGGUAACUCACAAUCCAGAGGAUCGGUUUCCAUGAUACUUCUCAAACUUAUUUUGUGGUCGAGCGGAUUCCAAGCUACAGACCCUAGGGACUCGAUUUAUGGUCUUGGUGGAAUUCUUCAACAUAUGGCCCACGAACAGGGCCUUACCGUACCUGAGCGUCUGAAGCCUAACUAUGACAUAGCGGCUGCACAAGUACUUGAGAUCGUGACAGCUGAAAUUAUGGAAGCGACGGGGGAUCUGACCCUGCUUUCACUGGCAAAAGAUCCUGCUCAGCGUACGGCAGCGAACGUUCCCUCAUGGAGUCUUGAUUUCAGGUCUGCUGCAGGGAUGAAUCAUAUCUGCGCGUCCGGCUUCAAGAGUCUGACCCGGCCUAAUGCAUGUGGGUCUGGUUCUGGACUCUCACCAAGCCACACUGCAAAGAUAAGUGACGGAAUUCUGACUGUACAGGGUGUACUUCUCGGUACUGUCGUAAUGACGGCCGAGUCAUGGGAAGAAGCGACCACAACUGGCCUCCAUGAUUGGAUCAGGAUGUUGCUAAGAAUGGACCACAUUUAUCGAUAUACUGGUCAAUCGUCCAUGGAAGCAUUCUGGAGAACGUUGGUCUGGGACUGUGAUUUUAUACACCGCCCCGCUAGGCUGAUCGACAGCACACAAGUAGAACUUUUUGUGCGGAUGUGGAUGGGAGGUUCUCUUCAGUCUGUUGAACGCAAGCAUGGAAGGGCUGCCGCAGACAAAAGCCUAGAGGCCUAUUAUGUGCUGGAUGAGCUAGCUGCCUACAUACCAGACAGUGUUUUUCCAACCUUGGAACAAUUCAAAUCGCUUUGUCGUAAGAUGAGUCUACUCCCUGGUUCGCCAGAGGAAACUCUUACAUACGACCAAAGGGCGGAGUGGAUAGAGUCGGUAAGAGAUAAAGGGAAGAAUUAUUUCUCGCUUAUGGGAUCGACUCUUUUUUUUAGACGGCCUAUUCUUACGAACGAGGGCCAUCUGGGUUGUUCCUGCGAGUCGGCUCAAGUUGGGGACGAGGUGUGGAUAAUUUCGGGUUGCCCAACGCCAUUAGUGCUAAGGAAAAGCAAUGCUGGAGACGGCGGUUAUACUUUGAUUGGCGAGACUUAUGUCCAUGGUGUGAUGAACGGAGAGAUUGUGAAUAACGACACAGAUUGGACGAUCAUCAGCUUAGUAUGA